GUUCUCGUCGCGCGCGACGCUCCUCGCCGCCCUCUGCCGGAGCGCCGUCCCCUGACCCGGAAGUGAAACGGACCGGCCAUGGUUAGGGUUUGUUUGCUAGCGGCUGCUCUGUGUUUGGUCCGCCGCGGGGUUUCUCAAGAAGACUGUUUCCCGCCGGACUGGCUGAAGUCGGUGUCCCUGUCGGUGAAGAUUUCCAAAGCAGGAUUUCACAGAGAUGUUGAGUACAGCGUCCGGUGGAGCAGCGCAGGCCGUGAUGUCCGGGCCGUCCUCGUCCAGAAGCUGCCCAGCGGGGUUUACAUGGACGAGUACGAGCUGGAGGCCCUGAGACGCUCCUCGGGGCCGGAGGUUCUCCUGGACGCCAGGCCCGACCUGGAGGCUCCCGAGUACCUGUCCCCCGGCUUCACGGCGCUGGUGUUCCUCUCGGGGCCGCGGCGGGUCGAGGUUCCCGUCCACGGGCGAUACCAGCGGCCCUCGGGCUCCGGCGGACGGGUGACGGUGGAGCUGGAGCGUCCUCGGCUGCUGCUGAGAUCAGAUCAGUGCCGGACGCUGAGCGCUGAGGCGCGUCUCCUCGAGGUCCGAGCUCCCUGCACCGCUUUCAAACACCAGCACCUGCUCCUGGACCGAGGUCCUGCUCCCAGAGGGUAAUGCUGGUGUGAGUCUGGAGAUCCCGGUUGGUGAUUCGACGAUGAUCAUCUGUGUGUGUGUCGUUACUGUACUGACUGCUGUACUGAGCUGUGUUUACCUGCUCACACACAUCUGGAAACACGUUAGAGUCUGACACACACACACACACACACACACACACACACACACACACUCCUGUGAUAGAGCUGGUGUUUCAGAGUAUCAUGUUCUAGUGGUUUAUUACUGUGA